GCAAGGGCCAAACACAUGCGCCGGAAGUGACGUCUGGCUGUUGUGAUUUUUCGCGGCAAUCCUGACUUGUCAUUCAAUACACAGCAACGGUGCUGGAGUGAAAGUAAUGCCACAGUACGGACAAUUUUAACACAACAAGCAGAUUACAUUUAACUGGAGAGUAAAUACUGAAGCUCUGAGGUAGCUCUGAAGCAGGUCAGGAUGGCAGCGGUGACCGCGGAAGACUUGAAACUGGAGCUGGAGACGUUUGAUAUCGGCUGUGAGGAGGACUCAGUGCUCGACAGAAUGCUGGAGCAGUGUAUGUGCCACAGAAUGAAGGGGCAGGAUAUUGUGUAUGAGUGGGUCGCUUUCAGCACCACUAAAGGCCAGUUAAAGCUCAGUCUCAACAACCUGGAGACCUUCGAGCAUGAGGUCUUGAACAAAAGGCAGAAGACCAAAGGCUCAUCAAAGAACAACAAGUUCAGCACCACUACCAGAGAUGUUCAUUCCAUCCAGGACCUAAUCAAAGCAGAAGAGGAAGAAGAGAAUUUACUGGACUCUUACUCAACACCAGGGAAGGGCUCUCAGAAGCGUGCUCUCACCACUCCAGAACAUCCUAAGUCCAAACGCAGUGCUGCUCGUCUGCCCAGUCCGGGUCUGCUGUUCUCUCCUGCCAGCUUCUCACCAUGUGCAACUCCUUCUCAGAAAUACAGCAUGCGCAGUGCACGCGGGGAGGUGGUGGCCACAUUCGGCGCUGUUCAGGGUCCACGCUGGACAGGAAAGGGUCAGACUGCAGUGCAGGUGGAGCUCCUCGAGAGCUGGGAAGAGUCUCUCACCAGCUCCUAUAAAUACAUGUUCCAGAGGCUCAGAGAUGUACGAGAUGUUCUGACUGAGAAGAUUGACUUGUUGGGGGAGGAGCUAAGAUCACACUUCAAUAUAGAGGAGUUUUCUCCAGUCUCUCUACCUGCUCAGGACACAGUAUCUGUGUUAGGUCAGGUGUGCUGUGACAGUAACGGGAAGCUGAACGCUCAGUCUGUGCUGUUGGAGGCGAGUCAGGAACACGGGGCCAGACAGGUGCCUGUAGAUGUGUCCGAGCUCAAAGACUACUCACUCUUUCCUGGACAGGUUGUUGUCCUGGAAGGUAUGAACACUUCCGGUUCAAGGUUUGUUGCUUCCAAACUCUAUGAGGGCGUCCCAUUACCCUUUUACUCCAGUCCACAGCUGAAGCAGGAAAUGAGUGAAGUCUCAGAGUCUGUGAUGGUGUUAGUGGCCUGUGGGCCGUACACCCCUUCUGACAGCUUGUCCUACGACCCUCUGAUUGACCUGAUUAACAUCAUUAAUAAAGAUCGGCCUGAUGUCUGCAUUCUGCUUGGACCGUUUGUUGAUUCCAAGCAUGAGCAGAUUGAGAAAGUUCAGGUAACGGAAACAUUUGAAUCCAUCUUCUCCACAUGUAUAGACAGCAUCGUGGAUGGAACCAGAGGGACGGGCUGCAAGUUGGUGUUUGUUCCAUCUCAGCGAGAUGUACAUCACCAUUACAUUUAUCCCCAACCGCCUUUCACACUCCCAGACCUGAAGAAAGAUGAUAUUCAGCGAGUGACCUUAGCCCCUGAUCCCUGCACACUCCUGAUUGGUGGUGUGACAUUUGGCAUGACCUCUACAGACAUCCUGUUUUACAUGGGAGCUGAGGAAAUCAGCUGUGCCACAGGCUCGGAUCGAUUCUCACGGAUCAUGAAGCACAUGUUGACCCAGAGGAGCUAUUACCCGCUGUACCCUCCUGCUGAGGAGGUCAAUAUGGACUAUGAAAGGUUUCAGCAGUAUGGCCAGCUGCCCCUCACUCCCGAUAUUCUCAUUGUCCCUUCCGAGCUGCGCUAUUUCAUCAAGGACGUGAUCGGCUGUGUGUGCAUCAAUCCUGCACGUCUGACCAAAGGGCAGGUGGGAGGAACCUAUGGACGGUUACUGAUCCAGCAGAACCCGGUGCAAGAGGAAGGAAAAAGAGUGAGCCCCUGCAUAGCAGCACAGGUGGUGAAAAUAUAACUCAGAGUUUUCUGUGUCCCAAUGGAUUUAUAUUUGUAUGUACAAUUUCAUUUUAUGUCUCUAUUCCAUGUUUACAAUAAGUAUGAAAAAAAUAAUAAAAUGUAUAGUAAU